AUGUCGUUUCUGUUCAAGUCGUCCAAGAAGCAGCAGGGCUCUGCUCUACCUGCUGCGACGCGCAAUAUCAAGUCCUCAGACGGCCCCGGUACUCCCUCCAACAUUCCCUCGGCUCUUGGACAUGCGCGAGACGGCUCUGGUGGCAGUCCAAGAGAGAAGUCCCAGCAAACCCCUACACCCGNNCACUCACGUAUGCGUCCCCACCAAGACUCCUCGCCGUAUCCUUGGUCCCAGCGACACCUGAACUUUACCGUCCCUACGAACCAUCCAUUCCCUCGUUAUGGCGCCGCCGCGAACUCAUUGUCGUCCAAGGAUGGUUCAAUCUAUAUCAUGGGUGGUUUGAUCCACGGCUCGACCGUCAAGGGCGACUUGUGGAUGAUCGAGUCCGCCCCCAACAACCUCAGCUGCUAUCCCGUCGCGACCACUUCCGAGGGCCCUGGUCCGAGAGUAGGACAUGCUGCCUUGCUGGUUGAANACGCUUUUAUCGUCUUUGGAGGAGACACAAAGACGGACGAGACCGACAUGCUCGAUGAUACCCUUUAUUUGCUGAAUACCUGUGCGUUGUCGGACUCCUGGCCGAGUUUUGACUAUUUGCUAACUGUUGACAGCCNNACCAAGCAAUGGUCGAGAGCUGCUCCGGCAGGCCCUCGUCCCCCGGGCCGCUAUGGCCACUCGCUAAACAUCAUUGGCUCAAAGAUUUAUAUUUUUGGUGGUCAAGUCGAGGGCUUCUUCUUUAACGAUCUAGUCACAUUUGACCUCAACGCACUGCAGCAGGCCAGCAAUAGAUGGGAGACGCUGAUUCAAAACACCAUCGAUGGAGGCCCUCCACAUGGUCAGAUUCCUCCAGCACGCACCAACCACUCGGUCGUAACGUGGAACGAAAAGUUGUACCUCUUUGGCGGUACAGAUGGAGUCACCUGGUUCAGCGACGUCUGGGCCUAUGACCCUCGAACUAAUUCCUGGUCGCAGCUUGAAUGUAUUGGCUACAUUCCAGUAGCUCGUGAGGGCCACGCAGCUGCUUUAGUUGGCGAUGUCAUGUAUGUUUUUGGAGGCCGCACUGAAGAGGGUAAUGAUCUCGGCGACCUUGCGGCCUUCCGCAUCACAACUAGGCGCUGGUACACUUUCCAGAACAUGGGUCCUUCGCCUUCACCUCGCUCCGGACAUAGCAUGACUGCUUUUGGAAAACAUAUUAUAGUUACUGGUGGUGAGCCAAGUUCGGCCCCACGAGAUGCUGCCGAACUCAGUCUUGCAUACUACUUGGAUACCAGUAAGAUACGGUAUCCCAACGACUCUCAGUCGCAAAUGCCGGCCGAUCAACGAAUUCAGGGUCACAGACGCCCAAGCGGUGACAGGACCGGUAUCCCACAGAGUCGUGCCUCUCCUCGGGACCAAGUGGAUUCUGAUGGCCCUCGACGUCCUGGUAGAGAUAGUUCUAUCCCAGUCAAUCGAGCUCCUGAUCCCAUGGCUGUGGGUUCGAGGCUGCCGCGUGCUGCUGGACCGCCAGGACCUGGUUCAGCACCCCAGCAACAACAACAACAACAACAACAACAACAACAGCAAAACAAGCCCACAACACCGCCGAGCCGCCAACCAACCAGACCGGAACGUGCACUGAGUCCAAAUCAAGCCGCAGCGUCGCCCACUGUUGUUACUCGCAUGGCUCCCGGACCUUUCCACAAUGACUCGGUUGGCGCAAGAACAAUGUCACCAACAACAGCUACUCCUACAAUGGCCAGCACAAACGCAAACAUCAACCCAAAGAGCCUAGAUGACGAUCAAGACAGAACGCCGCAGACAUACAAACCAACUCAUCAACCAAUUUCUUCGAUUGACAAGUCUGUGGAUCAAACUUUCUCGCCCCCAUCCAGGACUAGUUCAAGAACUGGAGCACAAGCAGUUCGCGAAAACACCGAAGAAACAGCCAAUCAACCAAUGCACCGUACGCAUCCAUCAUUGCGAAACUUGGAGCCGCAAGAACGAUUCGAUAGAGGAACGCCAGUCGACAUGUCCCGCCAUCCCACCCAGCGAGAGAUUGUGCCUGACAAUGGUCGUCAAGAUGUACAGAGAGGAACACAGAUCGAUGGCCCACUGGACCAAGCACCUGUAUCUAAUCACAGCGCCAGCAGUCUGACCAAAGAGCUAGAAACCGAGAAGACCAAAAAUGCCUGGUUCGCAUCGGAGCUUGCGCUGGCACGAAAGGCAGGUUACUCUCGGAGCACUACAAACACUCCAGCCUUCGAUGAACGCUCUACCGACGCGUUCGGCGAUGACGAUAGACCACUCGUGGAAGCUUUGCUCCGUAUGCGCGCAGAGCUGGCCAAGGUGCAGGGCUCUAUCGACAGUCAAGCAGAAGCUGCGGCCGCUCGUAUCGCCGAAAUAGAAAAGCAAAGAGAUACCGCCAUCAGCGAAGCCGUCUUCGCCAAAGCAAAGCUCGCGGGUCAAGGAGGCGCUUCACCUCUACUAGACUCUAGCCGACAUGGUACUCCCGACACAGAUCGCGUCGGUGACAUGAACAGACGACUUGCAUCUUCACUCGCAGCUCAGACCGAAUUAUCCCGCAAGAUCGACAGCCUGAUUCACGAGAAGGAAGCCGAGAAGCAAGCCCGGCUUUUGGCAGAGGAGACUGCCGAAGCCGCUCAGCAACGCGUCACCGAACUCAACACGGAUAGACAACGCAUUGCCUCAGAAAUUGAAUCGCUGCGCGACGAACUACACGAGGCUCAGAAGACUGCUAGAGAAGCUUCUGCCAACCAUGCUGAUGCACUUGCCUCGCACAAACUUCUCGCCGUUGACAAAACCGAACUCAGUACCAGACUGGAGAAUGCUCUCGCAGAAACAGCGGAACAUGAGGCAAUUCUUGGCUCUUUACGCGAAGCACUGGCAGCGUCGACUGACAAGUCCAAUCUUCUCGAGAAUCGUCUUGAGGAAGAGAAGAGAGAGCGAAACGAGCUCGAGCAGCAAGUCUCUCAACUCCGAUCGCAACAUGAAGAGCGUGCCACCGAGCUCGAAACCACUGGCCGGCGUCUUAGAGAUGCAGAAGACCUCGCCGUAAAACAUGCAACUGAAGCACGUACUCACCGUCAAGCUGUUCUAGACGGGCUCGGCAAGAUUUCCUCACGCGGUUCCGACACUCGCAACGUUACUGAUGAGCGUGUCACUAUCCUUCAUGGGCAGGUUGAAACGGCCAAUACUAUGGCCAGGCAAAACCAAGCUGCAGCCGAUCUUGCCUCUGAGAAACUGCGACGUGCUGAAGAGCGUAUUGCUGGACUUGAGUCUUAUCAAGAGCAGGCCUCCCGUGAAGGCUUGACGAUUCGAAAGCAGCUUCAGACGGCACUCAAGGAGGCUCGAACCCUGGCCGAAGAACGGGCCGACUUGCAGCAGCAAUUGCAGAGCCAGCAGCUGGAAACAAAUGCCAUUGCCGUGCAGCACGGUGCUCUCAAGGACAUUUUGUCUGAGCGUGGCGUGAACCCUGUUGAUGUGCGCAAGUCUCGGGGCUUUGACUCGCCUUCAUCGCAAAUCAGAUUUGGCACUCCUGAUAUUCAGCGUGUCAAAGAACUGGAGCAGCAACUGGAGGCUAAUCUUAGAGCGCACGAAGAGAUGAAGACUAGUCUGGAGGAAAUGCAGGACCGCGAAGGUCUUACCAGGAAGGAGUACGAGGAGAAACUUGCGACAUUGCACAAUGAUCACCAGGCAGCCGUGAAGUACCUUCGUGGCACUGAGAAGAUGCUUAGUAAGAUGAAGCAGGAACUGCAGCGUGUCAAGAACCAAGCUGCAGACUAUGCGAAGGAGCUGGACACAAUGCGUACCAAAGAGAACGACACUCGUAGCCUGGAUCACGAGUCUAAUGCUAACCACGGUGCCGAAAAAGAUGACCUCCGAAAGGACCUCGAAAAGAUGAAGACAGACCUGGAGGCCCAAAUUUCGAGCCUGCACCUUCAGCUUGGCGAGAGAGAGACCGAUCUCAACAAUCUGCGCAACUCUCAUGAANACGACGCAAUCAAAGUUUGCCACGCUUCAGUCGACUCACGAAACCUCGCGAGCAGAUCUAGAGCGCCUGCAGAGGAGAAUGCACAAUUGGAGGAGCGCGCUCGGGAUGCCGAGAACAAGGUCCAACUCCUGCUUGAUCAAGUCGAGUCAUCUGUCGACAAUUACCGGCGUCAAUCGUCGAUGCCAAACGGCAACACAAAUGGGUUUGGUCACCACAGAGCGCUGAGCAACGUGAGUGCCAGCACGGCCAAUUUUAUACCUGUGCACUCUCGGGGCCAUUCUCGAGGCGAAUCACUGGGAGGUGACAGCAUCUACUCCCAAAGUGUUGCAGCUUCGGAGACGGGCGAGAUUGAAGUGCCAGACGGACGUGAUAGCCUCGCGCUCGACAAUCUUGCCACAGAGCUGGACGCUCUACGCACGCAGUGGGAGACGACCAACAAGUCAUACCGUAUCAGCGAUCUCGAGUUCGAAAAGACACCGACGAGUGGUACUGCGCCAGCUGAGUUUGGCCUGGACAACUGGAGACGUGGAUUAGAAGUUGGCCAUGAUGAUGACGAUGACGAUGAUGAGCGACCGAGCACGUCGAGUUCAGUUGCCCAACCUGUGACUUCCUCGUCGAGUGCAGCAGCGCACCCAGCCAUCAAGGAACGGGUUUGA